UCAGACUAAUGGCGUCUUUACAACGCGUCCGACGGAGCAGCUGAUUCUUAUAUCUGUCUGCAAAACUACAUGAAGACAGAAGGUUACUGUCACAUUCAGAUGGGCUGGCUCUUAAAACCUAACGUGCUGCCUACCUAGACAGCGUUUUUAGGCAUCAUGUCAGUCUUAGUUUAAAAAAAAAAAAAAAAAAAAAAAGCUAUGUAGGCAGCACACUGUGUUUUGGGAUCUUGGGAUCAUGGGACCCUUGGCUUGUCCAGUCAGACAAUGCAAACAUUCACAUGAAAUGCCAUUUUCUGCUGUUUGAAGGGUGGAGGUGGUGUUUUUUUUUUUGUAGGGGUCUAGAGGAUCGGGUUUGGGUUGCGUAGUUCGACAGUGGCUUGUUAAGUUUUGACAUAAACCCCGGAUGAACACUUCAUGGAAAGACACUCUGCGGCAGGCAUCAUGACCACAGCUAGGUACCGACCCACCUGGGAUUUGGCCCUGGACCCGCUGGUGUCCUGCAAGCUGUGUCUUGGAGAGUUUCCCUUGGAGCAAAUGACCACCAUCACCCAGUGCCAAUGCGUCUUCUGCACCCUGUGCCUGAAGCAGUAUGUGGAACUUCUCAUCAAAGAGGGCUUUGAAACGGCCAUCAGCUGUCCAGACUCAGCCUGUCCAAAACGUGGACAUUUACAAGAAAAUGAGAUUGAAUGCAUGGUGGCCACCGAGAUAAUGCAGAGGUACAGGAAGCUGCAGUUUGAGAAGGAGGUGCUGCUGGACCCGAGCCGGACCUGGUGCCCGUCCUCCACGUGCCAGGCUGUGUGCCAGCUGAAGGAGUCAGACACGGCACUUCCGCAGUUGGUGCGGUGCAACGUUUGCACACACGAGUUCUGUUCCGCCUGCAAGGCCAGCUGGCACCCGGACCAAGACUGCCAAGAGAACGUUCCCAUCACCGCGUUUCUGCCCGGAGAGAGCAGUUCGUUCUUUAAGGCCGACGAUGACGACGCCCCCAUCAAACGCUGUCCCAAAUGUAAAGUGUACAUCGAAAGAGACGAGGGCUGUGCCCAGAUGAUGUGUAAGAACUGCAAGCACGCUUUCUGCUGGUACUGCCUGGAGUCUCUGGACGACGACUUCCUCCUGAUCCAUUAUGACAAAGGACCCUGCCGGAACAAAUUAGGCCACUCCAGAGCCUCGGUGAUCUGGCACAGAACGCAGGUCGUCGGGAUCUUCGCCGGGUUCGGCCUGCUCUUACUGGUAGCCUCUCCGUUCCUGCUGCUAGCCACGCCAUUCGUGCUGUGCUGCAAGUGCAAGUGCAGUAAAGGCGACGAUGACCCCUUACCCACCUAACAGCCCCGACGGGAGCGGUCCCCGUUACGAGGAAUUCCGGUCAUCUCUUUUAAUCGUUUUUUCUUUUCCUUCCUCGCCUUCGAGCUCUUCAUCACCCGGCGGGACUUGCGCGAGCCAUCUCCCGCCGCGGUUACCGUCACAGCUAGCUGAGUAGGCUCCAUCCCGGCAGGCCUGAUGAGACUAACGGAGACUUCCCGAGCCUGCUGCUUGCUUAGGUGGAGGAUCGGAGAGCCGGGGGUGCCCUCCGCAGUAACGAAAGGGAGGUUACUGAAGGAGCGCGGCGCUGUUCCAUCCCGGCGCUCGUCUAUUUUCUGGAUGUUUCGCAUUAUGUGGCUGUUCUGGAGGGUUCUGUUCUAAUAACAGAACACGUAUUCGGUGUGUUUAUGUCCGUUUCUAUGUGCGUAGUAGCAUUUCAGUCACACGGCCUAUUCUUUAUUACUCGUUUUGCACAGAUAAGGGGCUUUUCGUCACGUUUUAUAGCUAAGAUGCUACUUUAGAUGUUUAUUAACUGCUAAAUUUCGCAUUCAGAAGUUUUCGAUGCCACGCUUUUUUCUUUUACCAUGUCAGUUUAUUGUCUUUUAGUAUGUAACUAUCGACGAACCUACUUUUGAUUUGGCAGAUUUGGGCUGUCGACGUCGUCAAGAGAUGAUGUUUGCCAUCGAAAUGUCUCUCGGUGCGCUUAAACAUCGUUUUUAGCCUCGCGCCACGGACCUCCCUAAAGCAUAAACGUGAUUCCAAAGCAGGGCUGUUCUGUGAGGUUACGAUGCCAAACAUUGAGCUACUGAGAGAGUCACUCAAAAGACGCUUUAACCUUAAUCCGAGCACCCGUCAUUUAAAUGAGAACUAGCAAAAUACCGAAACCAAAUAAAACGCUUCUUCUUUUUCCCACUCCUUGAUCAUUUUUCUCCGGCGGUCACCUUUUCGUUUCCGUCAGACAGUUUAAAACAAUUGAAUUUUUAAAUUAUGGAACAGUCCCUGUUAUUUCUGUCUGGGGUUAAACACCGAUUUCGAGACUGUUUGUCUUAACAUACUUACAAGUCCAGCGCUGCAUCUAUGCAAGUUCAUAUAACUUGAAGAUAGAAAAAUAUGGUCUCUGCUGUCUUGAACUAAACGGUUGCUUCGGGCAAGUUAGCGUGGUUUAAUUAAAAGGCGAAAUAUUUGGAUUUAUCAUCAAAACUGAGUUUCAACUACUACUCAUUACAAAUACUAUUCACACGAUAUCUUUCAUUUAAUUGACUGAUUUUAAAACGGAGGUGUGAUACUGAAUGUCAUCAUCUUGCCUGCACCGCCUGAUACAGCAAGCGUACGUUCAAAAACUGUUGCACCGUGUAACUCAGAAAUUAGUGAAGGGCGACAAUUAAUUGAGAUUAAUCCCAUCCGUUAAGGUUUUUGUGUAAAUAAUAGACUAUAUGUGUCUGUACUGUGUAUAUUUAUAUAUUUAUCUAUAUAAAUGUACAUUGUAUAUUGAAGAAAUAUUUAAUGUUAUAUAGUAAAUACAAUAUAAAUGCAAAUACUGUGUAAUUAUGUAUAUAAAUUAUAUAUAUAUAAAAAAUAAAAACUUUUAUUUUGGAUGUGAUUAAUCACGAUUAAUCGUUGCCCGGCACUAUCAGAAACAUUAAGAUCAGAGCACUUGCCAUAUGUGUAGCUGGAUAAUAUGUAGCUCAUUAGUUUUCCUUGUGAGAUUCGCUCAUCUGCCAUUUUUGGUUAAUGUGUAAUGGAACGGUGCCAAAUUGGAGGUUGUUAUGACAAGGUGGAUGUUUUCUCAGUAUUCAUAAAGUGGAUUUUUGGUGAACAUUCGACCUCCAUCUUUUGGUAGCAUUAUCCCGUUUUAGCCUUAAAGUAUUGGAGUACCUCACUGGUUUUCUCUCCUGUAGCUGAGGGCUUUUUUUUCUUUUCGUUUUUUUUUUUUUAUUAUUAUUAUUUGUUUAUCCUCAGGUUCUCUUAGAUGAAUAAUUUUGGCACUUUUCAGCUUGUGUGAUGUUUAAAGGAAUACCUUAAUGCAUACGCAGUCGCGACAUUGUACAUGAAAUGGCCGUGACGUACAGUGCAGUGAAAACGGAAACCUCAGAGCUGAUUUUGCUACGUUAUUUUCUGAUUAUGACCAACAAAAAUCAGCAUGAUGGAUAAAAUGAAAGCACAGCAUCACUGUCAGUUACGAAUAGCACACAAGUUACUCAGUCUAGCUGAAUCUAAUUGUGCUCACGUUAGUCAACAACAUUUGGCCAUUUCAUGUAGAAUACUAUAAAUGCUUUUAUAUAUAU